CAGUGUUCCUUAUGACGUCAACCAUGGAAUUGUAGAAGCGGCAAAAAUCUGUAAACAAAAUCGAUGAACUCGCGCGGCGUUGUACAAAACGGAAUGCGGAAUUUGCAAAGUUAGUCGCAGUAUUCGGAGCACUUUGGGAUUGUCGGCUGUUGUCGGUUUUAAAACCGCAAACAUGGAAUCCUGCAUUGAAGCCGUGUGCGCCGAAAUACCGUGCCGAGAGAAGCAAGCCAAGGCGUUGCUACGUCUAAUGGGACACCCAGAGACCGGGGCCUGCCAGAGCAUAUUCAUCUACGGUCACGCGUCCACCGGAAAAACACUCCUGGUCUCGGGUAUUCUGACGACUUUGCACCUGAGGCAUGCCUAUGUAAAUGCUGUGGAGGCAUACACUACCAGGAUCCUUUUUGAAACGAUCCUCAACCAGCUCACCGGAACAGUGCCAAGCGCGGAUAAUGGAUUUUCAAACUUUGCCAACUGUGACAACAUGUGCGAUUUCUUGAGGCACCUGAGAAAUGAAGUAUCCGAGGAUCUCGACUCUCCCACGCCUGUUUAUGUCGUGAUUGACAAUGCUGAGCGGCUAAGACAGCUGGAUCCGGUGGUUCUGGCCGCGUUUCUGCGCCUCCAGGAAUUGACGAAGAAACACAUCUGCGUCAUCCUGAUCUCCGAGAUCGUUUGGGAGAAAUUCCGCUGCGGUACCGGCUUCUGUGAGCCAUACUUCGUCCAUUUCCCGCAGUAUUCGCAAGAUGAGCUGGUCAAGAUACUGUGCAGCUACUGUCCCAAGGGCUACAGUGAAGAGUUCUACACAAGGUACCUGCACCUUCUCCUGAGCGUCUUCUUCACCGUCACACGGAACCUUCGAGAGCUCCAGUAUGCGGCACAGCUCAACUUUCCCAAGUUCUGUGCUCCAAUUGUGGAAGGCAGCGCAACGGAAAGCGACAUCCACAAGCUGUGGAGGAACGUCGAACCCCACAUGAGGAAGACGCUGCAGUCGGUGUAUCUGAGGGAGGUCACAAGUGCACAGUUUGAGAAUGUGCAGUGUCGGGAAGGUGAAGCAGACGGAGCGACUUCACGAGGUCACGAGACGGGGAAGGCACCAAGAAGGGGAGUGGUCGAACUUCCCUUCUAUUCAAGGUUCCUGCUCCUGGCUGCCUACAUGGCAUCGUACAACCGUCCUGGCACGGACCGCAAGUUCUUCGUCAAGAACCAAGGCAAAAUGAAGAGGAGGAGGAGUCACAAACCGAAGGAAAAGCCAAGCAACCACCUUCUUGGCCCAAAGCCAUUUCCCCUAAACCGAAUGAUGGCCAUCUUUUACGCUAUUGUCGACGAACAAGUGGCACCAUCUGCCUUGAUCUUUUCCCAGAUAAAAACGCUGGUUUCAUUGCGGCUGCUCGUGCAAUUGACAAAAGACGAUCAACUCAGUGCUCCCAAGUACAAGUGCCUCGUCAGUCUGGAUUUCAUCAGAGAAAUUGCGAAGACGGUCAACUUUGAUGUGACAGGGCACCUGAGUGAUUUUAACAUGUGAUAAUAAAUGGAGAGAGACUAUGUUGA